CGACAAGCUGCUGUUAAGGUGGAAAAUAGACGGGCUAUUUAAGGCGAUUUCUAGUAUAUAGGCCUACAUUAGAUGUAGUGACUUUCAAACAUACACUGAUUUAAAUAUUAAGCAGGACAGGAGAUGAUCCAGUGAUGUGUACGAUGACCUGAUUUAUAUCACGAUAUCCAUAGCAACAACAGUAAUCCAAUAUGGCGGACGUGGAACAUAGGAAUAGAGUUGUGCUACUUGGGGCAGGGAAUGUCGGGAAAAGUGCGAUAUUAAAGCGGUUUUUAUUGGGUACAUUCACAUCAGAAUAUAAAGAAACAGUAGAGGAUCUAUUUACACGUGACUUUGAUGUCAAUGGCAACACAGUAAAAGUAGACUUCUUAGAUACAGCUGGUACGAUGGUAUUUCCCGCCAUGAGAAAGCUGUCAAUAACAACAGCACAUGGCUUUGUUCUGGUCUAUGCUAUCAAUAGUCAGGAAUCGUUUGAAGAAAUGAAAAGGUUCUGGCAACAGAUUAAGGAAGAGAGAUCGAAUUAUCAGGAGUUACCAUGCGUGAUUGUUGGAAAUAAAGUCGAUUUAGAGAAUGAUCGACAGGUAGAGAAAUUUGACGCCUUAAAUUGGAUUUACACGGAUGGUUUUUGUGGAGGGUUUCUGGAAGUUUCAGCAAAGGAAGACGAAUCUGUAACGGAUAUAUUUAAGACUAUAUAUGAGCAGUCACGUGGUGGUAUUCGUCAUCUUGAUCCUUUGCUCGGUAGGCGCAUGAGCACUAAUUCGCUCGACGAGACCGAGACGGAGAAAGCUGACGAAUGGGACAGCGAUGCCAAGAAAUUUAACCGAAGCCGUAGUUUAAUCCGACGAAGUAGCAAGCCAAAAAUGAAGCGAAACAACCGACGCGGUGUAAAUAAGCACGAGCCUGAUUGUGUCAUUUCCUGAUUACUUGCUCAUUCGGACUACUCUCAUUCGGUAUGUAGAGUUGUAAAAAUUGUCAGUGUGUUUUGUUUUCUGGAGUUCUCUUGCUUGGUGCUUCUGCUUGACAUUGGUUGUUGGGAGUUAGCUUUUAAUUGUGGAAAUAUUUCUAAUUUGUGAUACAGUGUGAAUGAUUUAAAUGGCCGUCUUAUUGGGAUUAUAAUGUGAUAUACUUACAUGUAAUUGUGACAUUUAACAAAAUACAUUUUCGCUUUGACAUCUGAGUAGAUAUUUUCGCUGUGAAGUUUGGAAAAAACAUGUUCGCAAUGGCCUGUUAAAACACAUCAUUGCGGUGACCAUGUGCAUGAACAACCCAUAGUGGCGAAGUGUGAAAACACGUGACCGGGAGAUAACUCUAGAUCUAGUCUACUAUCUGUUUACAACCACAGUUGUAUAUAUUGCACCUUGCCUUGUUUACUUAUUAAAGAUACGUCAUGUAAGAGAUAAAUCGGCCUAUUGCAGGUUUUCAUUAAUUUGGUCUUCAAAUCGUAUUCAAAUUAUUAUUUAGACAUUUAUUCACAUGACAGGUUUAUAACCAACACUCUAAGCCAUCGGAUGGCGGGGAUUUAAACAGACUAAAUACGAUCGCCAUUUAAGUCUCGAUUAACAAGUGGCUUAGCUACGAUAAUAAACAAUCUGCGCUACAUCUCCCAACACCCAUAACUUCACUCAGAAUAAAGUAAUUUUAAUGAAAUUUUCAAUGCCCAUUUUUCAUUAUCUAUCUUUAAACUAUUAUAGCACGAACGACCAGCUCUAUUUUUCUAAAUCUUACAUAAUGUAUCUUUAACCUUUAGAUAAAUAUUAUACUCAUUAAAUAUAAAAACUGAAACCAUUCUCGAUUGAUCUAUAAAAUAUAUGAAUGCCUUCAACCUCUCUAGACCAAUUGGUCUAAACUGCGAAUCAGAAACAGAUCUAUAAAAAAUGAGAGAGAAAGAGAGAGAGAGAGAGAGAGAGAGAUGGGUCAUUUUCGGGACUAAUACAUGUUUCAAUUUUAUUUCAAUAAUUCGCUUGUGCGUAGGGGUCUUUAGCAUGGGGAGGGGGCCGGAGGACCCGGAGAAAACCCACGAGGUUUGACAGCGAUCCUACUCCUUCUCACGUACAACCGGGGAAUCGAAACCACGUGAGAUGACUCACGGAAAUACCUUAUGAUACAGCGCGCACCUGCUAACCUUUCGGUCACCCCCCCCCCCCC